AUGGAGAACUACCAGAAGAUAGAAAAGAUCGGAGAAGGUACCUACGGCGUCGUCUACAAAGCCCGCGACCUCCAAAAUGGCGGCCGCAUUGUCGCCCUCAAGAAGAUCCGCUUGGAAGCCGAAGAUGAAGGCGUACCGAGCACGGCUAUCCGCGAGAUCUCUCUUCUCAAGGAGAUGAACGACCCUAAUAUUGUUCGCCUGCUGAACAUUGUCCACGCCGACGGCCACAAACUAUACCUCGUCUUCGAAUUCCUCGAUCUAGACCUGAAAAAGUACAUGGAGGCGCUACCAGUUGCAGAGGGCGGACGCGGAAAGGCACUGCCUACAGGUAGUGAAGACAUGCAACGCUUGGGAUUAGGCAAGGACAUGGUCAAGAAGUUUAUGGCACAGCUUGUCGAGGGUAUACGCUACUGUCACAGCCAUCGGAUCCUACACCGUGACCUUAAACCACAGAAUCUGCUCAUUGAUAGAGAGGGCAACCUAAAGCUGGCGGACUUUGGGCUGGCUAGAGCGUUUGGUGUACCACUGAGAACAUAUACACACGAGGUCGUUACACUCUGGUAUCGGGCUCCUGAGAUUCUCCUAGGUGGCCGACAAUACUCGACUGGCGUGGACAUGUGGUCUGUAGGCGCAAUCUUUGCAGAGAUGUGCACACGAAAACCACUGUUCCCUGGUGAUUCGGAGAUUGAUGAGAUCUUCAAAAUCUUUAAACUCCUCGGCACACCAGACGAGAAUACCUGGCCAGGCGUCACGUCCUUUCCAGACUUCAAGGCAACUUUCCCCAAAUGGCGACGUGAGAGCACGCAGAAAUUUGCACCUACACUCGAUGAAGCUGGUCUUGAUUUGCUCGACCAGUUGCUAGAGUACGACCCGAGCCGACGACUGAGCGCUAAGCAGGCUUGCCUGCACGACUACUUUACUGGAGGGACGGCCGUCUACAGUCAGCGAACUUCGGCUCCGACCAAGACCAACGGUUAUCAUUAG